AUGAAGAUUGCAAUCAUCUAUUACUCCACCUACGGUCAUGUCACCACGUUAGCCAAGGCAGUUCAAGAAGGUGUGGCAAAAGCCGGCUACAAGGCAGAUCUUUUCCAGAUCCCCGAAACGUUACCUCAAGAUGUUCUUGAUAAAAUGCAUGCUCCGCCAAAGCCAACCGAUAUCCCAAUUGCCACUUUGGACACCUUGACUUCAUACGACGCCUUCGUAUUUGGCAUUCCAACGAGGUUUGGAACCGGUCCAGCCCAGUUUUUCGACUUCUGGGGCUCUACAGGUGGAUUAUGGGCUCAAGGUGCUCUUGCUGGUAAGCCAGCAGCUGUGUUUGUUUCCACUGGAACUCAAGGCGGUGGUCAAGAGACCACCGUGCGUAACACUUUGAGUUGGUUGGUUCAUCACGGUUUAAUUUAUGUUCCAUUGGGCUAUGCUAAUGCAUUUGCUUUACAGGCUAACUUGGAUGAAGUCCACGGUGGUUCUCCUUAUGGUGCUGGUGCUUUUGCUGGAGGCGAUGGUUCAAGACAGCCAAGCAAGUUGGAGUUGGACGUUGCUGAAAUUCAAGGUCUGUCGUUUGCCAAAAUAGCUGCUAAACUUGUUGGAGGAGGUAAAGCCGUCUCGGCGGAAGACAAGAAGGCUGGUGCUGGUGCUGGUGCUGCAACCACCAACGCUGCAGGUAAAGCCGCUCCUGCUGCGGACAAAUCCAAGUCAGAAGCUGCUGAAAAACCAACCAAGGCUGCCGCUGCUCCACAAAGGGCGAAGCAAUCAGUUGCACAGCCAGAUUCGGCCGAUAAAAGUAUGUGUUCUAAAUGCACCAUUAUGUGA